CAGGAACACACACCCCUGGAAUUCAGGCGUGUCUGGGAGGGCGUGGCUUCUGGCUUGCUUCUGAACCAAACUCCAACCUGUUUUUAGAGGACCCUCGGACAUCCUGUGAGCGCCACAUUACCUGAACAGCUGCCAUCAUGCCUGAGACUGCAGAGUCACACUCAGCCACCCUCCCCACCAACCGUCACUGCACCAUAGAGAUCACCAACCUCAGCACUGUCUACUGUCUUGUCAACCCAAAGGUUCACAUGGAGAGCGGGUUCCCAUUCAAUCCCCCCCAACCCACCAUUCGCACCACCAAGACUGAGUUGUGCUCCUUCAUCAAGGACGACAACACGGCCACGGGAACUGUGGGGGUGUUGACCUACGAGCUGUUCCACAUGCGAGAGCGGCGCUGCAGUGAGCUGAUGGCCAUCAUGUUCUCCGUGCCGUUCGACUACAACAUCUACAAGAACUGGCUGGGCGUGGGGAUCUUCCAGCACACGCAUGCCUGCGAUAAAAAGCUGUUUCAUUCGAUGUAUAAUGACAAAGAUUUCACCAGCUUUGUGCGGCAGGAAGCCACCGGCUCUGGGUUGUUGUUUAGGGGGAGGGGUCUGGAUGUGAGGGCCUGCAUGUGUGAUGUGGGCAAAGCCAUCGUUAAAGUGGAGCUGUAUGAUAAAAUGGGUUGAUGUGAAAUUGAACAGAGUGACUCAGAUGAGUGAGUCAGUGUUGAUGCUGAUGAUCCUGGAUGCAGGUUUGUGUCAUUAUGGAUGCUUUAAACGAAUAAAAUCAAAACAACUGAA